UAUGCUAUGAUGAGACUCUUAUGAAAAGUUUCCAGGUGCCGAGGAAUUGAACAAAAUAAAAUAAAGAAUACUUCCUCGCAUAGGAUACAGAAUCGCAGAAACGCAUAGGAUAUAGAAUCUUGCGAGCCAUUCAAUGUGCGUGAAAACUUACUGAGUAAUACCAAAAUUAACGUGAUGGAGUUUGUACAUUCUGAUGAAGAGGAACUUCAGAAGGAUAUCAAGGAGAGAGAUAGUUUUGCUAACCGUCUUAAAGCCAGAGAUGAAAGCAAAACACGCAAAAUUGCUAUGCCUAGUGGUUCUGGAGCCGCUGAAGCAGCUAAAAGGCUUAAAAUUAUGGAGGUUGAUGCAAAAGAAAAACUGGUACCAAAAUUAAGAGUUGAAUCUCGUAGAAAAUAUUUGGAGAAACGUAAAGAGGACAAAGUUGCAGAAUUGGAGGCUGAUAUUCUUGAUGACGAAUAUUUAUUUGAAGAAGAAGUUUUAACAGAAAGGGAAAAGCAUGAAAGAUCUCGAAAGAAGCAAUUAUUGUAUUUGGCAAAAGAACAUGAAAAGGCGAGGGAGCUUGAGCGUAUUCAGCGUUAUCAUAUGCCUCUUGAGAAGGGUAAGGUGGAACCAGAACCUGAUGUUGACAAAGAACCCCCACAGUCGGAACAAAGUAAAUGGGAAUCAGAUCAGAUAUCAUCAGCUGUUUUUCGUUUUGGUGCUAAAGAUAGAAAAGCUCAACAAGAAUAUAGUCUUCUCAUGGAGGAUGAGAUGAUAGAAUUUGUUCAAGUAUUACAUAUGCCAGGGCAUGAUAGGGAGAAAAAACGUGAAGAAAGUCCACCUGCACAUGUUAAAAGCUUGCAAACGAUACAAGAAACAAAGAAGAGUCUACCCAUUUAUCCUUUUAGAAAAGAUUUGAUACAAGCUAUCAAGGAGCAUCAGGUUUUGAUAAUAGAAGGUGAAACGGGAUCGGGGAAAACCACUCAGAUUCCACAAUAUUUGUAUGAAUCUGGAUUUGCAGAGGAUGGUAAAAUUAUUGGAUGCACACAGCCGCGGCGAGUAGCAGCGAUGUCGGUGGCUGCAAGAGUGGCUCACGAAAUGGCCGUUAAAUUGGGCAAUGAAGUUGGAUAUGCUAUUCGUUUCGAAGAUUGUACGUCGCAUCGCACCCGAAUCAAGUAUAUGACUGAUGGUACAUUGCACCGAGAGUUCCUUAGUGAACCUGAUCUGGCGUCGUAUAGCGUAAUGAUAAUUGAUGAAGCACACGAACGGACUUUACAUACUGACAUAUUAUUUGGAUUAGUGAAAGACAUUGCGAGGUUUCGUCCCGAUUUAAAACUAUUAAUAUCAUCAGCUACGUUGGAUGUUACAAAAUUUAGUGAAUUUUUCGACGAUGCACCUAUAUUUAGGAUACCUGGACGUCGUUUUCCCGUCGAUAUUUACUACACAAAGGCACCGGAAUCAGAUUAUAUUGAGGCGUGUGUAGUUUCCAUUCUUCAAAUUCACACAACACAACCAUCAGGAGAUAUAUUGGUGUUUUUGACUGGGCAAGAAGAAAUUGAAACAUGUCAGGAAAUAUUACAGGAGAGAGUGAGAAGACUGGGUAGCAAGUUGGCAGAACUCCUAAUUUUACCUGUAUAUGCGAAUUUACCAAGCGAUAUGCAAAUUAAGAUAUUUCAACCAACUCCACCUGGUGCGAGAAAGGUAGUAUUAGCGACUAAUAUAGCAGAGACAUCAUUGACCAUAGACAACAUAGUGUAUGUAAUAGAUCCUGGCUAUGCAAAGCAAAACAAUUUUAAUCCACGCACCGGUAUGGAAAGCUUAAUAAUCGUACCGAUCAGUAAAGCAUCCGCUAGUCAGAGAGCGGGACGUGCUGGUAGAGUAGCACCCGGCAAGUGUUUUCGUCUCUACACAGCUUGGGCCUAUCAACACGAACUUGAAGAUAGCACUGUACCCGAGAUUCAAAGAAUUAAUCUUGGUAAUGCAGUACUCACUUUGAAAGCUCUCGGUAUCGAUGAUCUGAUGCACUUUGAUUUCUUGGAUCCUCCGCCACCUGAAACACUAAUUUUGGCCCUGGAGCAACUCUAUGCGUUGGGCGCGCUCAAUCAUCGCGGAGAACUAACAAAACUUGGACGUAGAAUGGCUGAGUUUCCGCUGGAUCCAAUGAUGGCUAAGAUGCUAUUAGCUAGUGAAAAAUAUCGUUGUUCGGAAGAGAUAGCAACUAUUGCGGCCAUGCUUUCAGUAAAUGGCGCUAUUUUUUAUAGACCAAAGGACAAAAUUAUACACGCAGAUGCUGCGCGCAAAAAUUUUUACGUACUGGGUGGUGAUCAUCUGACACUUCUUAAUGUAUAUAAUCAAUGGGCACAGAGUGAUUUUAGUACACAUUGGUGUUACGAAAAUUUCAUACAACAUAGAUCCAUGAAACGAGCAAGAGACGUUAGAGAACAGUUAGUAGGUUUAAUGCAACGUGUAGAGAUGGAAUUAGUUUCAGGUAUCACAGAAACUAUUAAUAUUAGAAAGGCUAUUACAGCUGGUUACUUUUACCAUGUGGCACGGUUGUCAAAGGGAGGUCAUUAUAAGACUGCAAAGCAUAAUCAAACAGUCGCUAUACACCCAAAUAGUUCUUUAUUCCAGGAACUUCCACGCUGGCUUCUUUAUCAUGAACUUGUCUUUACUACCAAGGAAUUUAUGCGUCAGGUGACAGAAAUUGAAAGCAAAUGGUUAUUAGAAGUGGCGCCUCACUAUUAUAAACCUAAAGAGAUAGAAGACUCAACGAACAAGAAGAUGCCUAAAGUUACAGGCAGAGCACGACCAGAUGGUACAAAUUAAAUAUAAUUCCGUACUAUUAUUCAACUGUGAUAUUAAAUUACAUUUUGUACAGUGUACAUGAAAAGCAAUACCACUCCACAUUAGAUUCAAUUGUCUAGUGUUAUUCUGCAACAAGAUUGGUUCUGUUUCACACACACAUACUUUGUAGAACUUUUUAUUUGAAAAUUAUAAAACAUAUAAAGAGAACUGUUAUUAUUUCAUAUAUAAAGCCUAAUAUUAACAUUCUUACAGUCAUAGUCAAUUUUUGCAAUCUAUUUCAUUAGACAGUAAAAUAUAAAUGCUAAUGAAAAUUUUUUGACCAAUAAAACGAUUUUAAGUAACGUUUAUAAGCAUAAGUGCUCGAAAAAAUUUCAAUAAACGUAAUAUUUGAUAUAGACGAUUUUAUGAGUCCAUAUAUAGACGCAAUUGGAUUUUAUGUACAUAUAAGAAGCCCACAUAUUUUAUAUGAAAAAAGUGGCUUCAGUUAAGUUGACUGAAAUUGAAAUAUGUGAUAGUUUAGGUGAUGCUAAUCAAAAGUUUCUUCGAUGGUUUAAAGUGAGUGCUAUUGAAAUUUAAGAAUGCCUAUUUUUGAAUACAUAGAUUAAAUUAAUAUAUAAAUAUUUGAAGAAAAAAGAAUAUAUAUAGAUAUGUAUAUAAUGUGUACCAUUUCUACAGUAUUUAAUAACUCAAAACCCUCUCUGUCGUACGUGUGUGUGUAUCCAAAGAUCAGGCACACGCGUGCG